CUCCUAACCGGCGAGCACCACUUCGCUUUCCUCCCUCUCUGCGCUUCUGUGUCCUUUAGCUGGCUGAAGCCCGAGUUGGCUGCUGCAGCUAGCAAAAUAUUCCAAAGCCGUCGGUCAUGACCGAUUUGGCUGCUUUCGAAGGCAUCAUUCCAAAAGAAGCUGGUCCCGCGGACCCCCGAGUCGACGUCGCCCUCAUGUCUUCUUCCACUUUCUCCAGCCCGGCCGCGCAGGCGACUGGCUCAACGGCCAACACCAAUACGGCCACCGAAGCCAGGCCACAGAUGGGCGUCAGGGGCGUCACGAGCGAGGCAAUGAGCAGCUCGACCGACGGGCUGGUCCUGUAUGACCUCACGUCGAAGCCGGGGGCUCGCCAGACCUUUUCCCCACACUGCAUCAAGACGGUCCUUGCCCUGCGCCUGCUCGAUAUCGGCUAUGACCGACAGCGGCGGACGUUUCACCAGAUCCGCACGGAGCUCGCCCAGCGUGUCUCUGACCGCGUCACGGUGCCCACCCUCGAGCUGUCCAACGGCUCGCACCUCACCGACUCGUGGGCCAUUGCGCUGUACCUCGCCCAGAAGCACCCGCAGGGCAGCCUUCUCUUUCCCAACGGCGCCGCCAGCAAAGCCCUGGCCAGCCUGCUCAACACCUGGGGCCCGAAAAUCUUUGGCCCGCGCAUCCAAGCCCUCUCCCGGCCUCGCAUCUACGACCUCCUCGAUCCCGCCUCGGCGCGCUACUUUGAGGAGGAGAAGUGCGGCAAGGCCAAGCUGGACAAGAUGCGCGCCAUGCGGCCCGAGGAGCGCCAGGCCCACCUCGAAGCGUGCAAGGCCGCCCUCGAGCUCGUCGAGAGCGCCCUGGCCGAGUCAAAGAGGGGUGCCCCUCCCUUCUCCCGCUGGCUCGAGGGCGGCGAGCUGCCGUCGCACGCCGACUUUGUCGUCUAUGGCUUCUACGGUUACUCCAAGACUGCCGGCCCCGCCGUCGUCAAGGAGAUCUGGAACGCUCAUCCAAAUGUCGCCCAGUGGGUUCAGGACAUGACCGAAUGGGCUGGCAAGGACAUCACGGCGGACUUCUUGUAGGAAAAGAAGAUGCAAGAAGAGACAGAAAAAAGCAGACGAGAGAAAGAGAGGAGCUUGCCAUUAAUAAAAUACAGCGGCACAGAUGUAGCUUAUAAGCGUGGAGGGCAAU